GAAUCGGGAUGCCACUUCAAGAGGAAAGUGUUGCACUGUGUAAACUACGUCCAUUCUGAUUCCAUCAUCUCAGGCCUCUCCAACGUAGCCUCCUCCAUACCUUCCACUGAGCUUCGCGCCCAUCACAGAAACACAGCAUCUUGGGCAGCGCGCGGGGUGCGCGCUGAGCUCAGCCCUCCCCCCAGCCCGCUCCCGACUGGUUCACCUCAGGGCGGGGAAGGAGCACUGGCCCGGACGAUCUUGUUCCGGACAUGGGACCUCCCCGUAGCGGCUCCCGCUGGCCAAAUAGGGAAGCGGACUGCCAGCAAUCGCCGAGCCUCGCUCCUUAGAGGGCCCACCCUGGAUCUAUCUCUGCCAUAUUUUGAGGGGUUCGGAGGAUGACUGCUGCGACUGAACGGGGAGGCUUUUGAGUGCUUUGGUGCGAUUCCCUCACCUAUAAGGAAGCGAACAACUUUUGCCAAGCAGGAUGAAUCCCAGCGAAGGUGCGGCGCCACUGGAGAAAUACAAGCUGGUAGUGGUCGGUGGAGGCGGCGUAGGCAAGAGCGCCCUAACUAUUCAGUUCAUCCAGUCUUACUUUGUUUCUGACUAUGACCCCACAAUUGAGGACUCGUACACAAAAAUCUGCAAUAUUGAUGGUAUCUCAACCCGCCUGGACAUUCUGGACACGGCUGGUCAGGAAGAGUUUGGGGCUAUGCGUGAACAAUACAUGCGAACAGGAGAAGGUUUCCUCCUUGUUUAUGCUGUCAAUGACCGGGGCAGUUUCAAUGAAAUCCACAAAUUCCACACUCAGAUACUUCGAGUGAAAGACCGUGAUGAGUUCCCUAUGGUCCUUGUUGGCAAUAAGACUGAUCUGGACCUUUAUCGACAGGUAACUGAAGAGGAGGCCCUUUACUUUGCUCGGGAGAACCAAAUCCCCUACAUGGAAGCCUCGGCAAAGGUCCGAUUCAAUGUGGAUGAGUCUUUUUAUGAGUUGGUCCGUGCCAUCAGGAGGUUUCAUGAGUUAGAAUCUCCCCCUGCCCCAGCCUUUCACCCCAAAAAGAAGGACCGCAAAAGCUGCCCUUGUUCCAUUCUGUAAACUGCCAUCCUACAUCAAGCCACACAGCCUGGAAGAGGAGAGGCUCAGAUUCCUUCCAACCAAGAAGAUAGAGCAGGAUUUUCCUCGUUCCAUCUCUCCUACUACAAUUAGGGCUGGCACUGUGCAUUUUUUACUUACACAAAUGUAUUACCAUUUUUCUCUUGUUGCAUAGGAGUCUGUAAACUGAGAACGAAGCAGGGAAUAGACACGUUCUUCUCUUCCAACAUAUCCUGAAUCUAUGGGUUAUGCAUUCAGUUUUGUAUGCUAUUUUGCCCUCCUUUGUUCUUUCAUGGAAAUCGCUUUAAAGGUGCCCCUUUUUGCCAAGGGGCAGAAAAUCUAUUCAGUUAGAUAAAAGGGGUACAGGGUUGUAAAUUUCAGUGGCAGUCCACUGAUAAAAUGAAUUGAAGAAUCGGAAUCAACUGCAAAGGAUCAUUUAUUUCACUGCAGCUAAGGACAAGCUUUUGCACAUACAUUGAUAUCUACAUAUUGAAAGACAUGGUACAAAUGCAUUUUAAAAGGUACUAUAAUUUUUCUAUUCCUUUUUUUAAAACCAUAGCUUACAGACUUAAGCCACACUUUGGCCAAACUGCAAGGGAAGCAGCUGCAGACACAAUUGUCUUGCAAGUUGCCAGUAUUGACUUUUUUUUGUUCCUGAAGCUGGACUAAAAAAGCAGCACACUUUAUAGCAGCGUUUUUCAAACUUAACAACUUUAAGAUGUGUAGACUUCAAUUUUCAGAAUGUGUGGAUCUCUAUUCCCAGAAGAAGUCCCCAGCUAGCAGCUGAAGUCUUCGAGUUGCCAAGUUUGAAAAACAAUGCUUUAUAGGAAGGAGUUUUGCAAAGUCUGAGGGAAAGGGGGAAGCUAGCCAACUCUUUGAUUUUUUUAACAGAAGAUUGUGAUAGCUCUCACAAUAUGGUUGCCAUAUUGUGAGAGUCACAUAGUCACAAAGCAGUUACUGUGAUAGGUAUGGCCAAUUACAAAAUACAGCAUUGUUUAGUAACCACAAUUUGUUGCAGAAAAAUGGUCGCCGAGCAAAAUGAUAACUAAGUGAACCACGGGACAUAGAGAAAUGCUGCAAAGAUCACUCAUUCUAUCUCAUUCAGAAAAAAAAGUUCUCUUGUACAGCACUGCCGGCAUUACUCUCCAGCGUGCAUCAUUGUCAGUGCAUAAAUUUGAUCAUGUGUGUGCACGUGGGUCAGAAAAUGAUGUUUUUUUUACUACUGAUUAUUACUGUCAAAUUUGUGAGCAGUCAUUAACUGCAGCCUAAACAAGAACUGACUAUUGCCAUCAGGCCAAUAAAUGGUGAUGCUUCCUGCAGAACCAUUUACUAUAGCAGGUUCUCAACAUUCUACUACCCUAGCUUAAGUUUUAAGAUGGUGAAGGUUCAAAACCUUAAAUGCAUGCUAGAAUCAAGUUUCUGUUUUGUAAAUUGCUCAGUUCAAAAAUUACUCUGUUAAAGACAGGGCCAGCUUUUGUUAAAUUCAUCCUUUCUUCCCCACUUCUGUAAUGUGUUUAUAAGGGAAAGUGAUGUCAAGAACUUUUUUUUUUAAAUAGCAACUCCUUGUGUUAGUAAUUUUUCUUCUUAGUAGGGGUUCCCAACAUCUUUAGAGAUAACUAUCAUAUUGAAGUUAUACCAUCAUUAUUGAAGCAUCAAUACUGCAGCUGCAUGUUUAAUUGGAUGAUUUUUGCCAAAGGAUCCCUUGCUCUCUUGCACGCCGUUCCAACACUUCCAUCUAUCACUUCAAUUGUCUAAUUCUUCCUUCAUCCAUCACCUUCCACAGACCUCAGAUAUGUUAAGAUUACAAUUCUCAGAUGGUAUUAGGGUGGGAUAGUGGUUAACAUGUUCAAUCUGGAUCUCUUUGGUCAUGGUUAUAGAAACUUGCUGGGUCACUUGCUACCUCCCAGUCAUCCUUAUUCUACCAGUAAGGAGAUAUGGGAAAAAUGAAGGGGAAAAUGUUAGGCCUUGGACAAUAUUCGAGAUACAGAAAACAUUCUCACCAAGCAAGGCCACGUGCAUAACUUGAUAAGGUAUCAUGAGAGACAGGCUUCACUUAUGUAUCUACUGAUGCUCCCAGAAUAUAAAUAUUUUGCAGUUUAUAAAAUGAGUGGAUGUAUUGAAUGUCAAGACUAUAAGUAUCUUGUUUUCUAUUCUUCUACCAUGCCGCAGAGCAUGGCAUUCCAGCUAUAAACACCAAAGAGUCUCUUGAGCAAAGAUUAUAUAGUAAAGCCUGGGGUUUCCCCCUUAAUUACUUAAUUAAACUGAUAUGCCCUCAUAGACUAGAGCCUCUUUAUUAAUUUACAAGGCUACAGUUACAAAAAUGUGCUAUAGUGCCAAAACGAACUCACAAGGCACUAUGGAUAUUUUAAAUUUCUAAAGGAAGCAGUGACAUUUAACUCAGUGUAAUGUAAAAUAUCCCAUAGUAUCCUUGUAAAUGUGCUGUUUCUAUUAAGGCAAUGAUUCUGAAAUGGCACUGGACCAAGAAAGUUUGGGAACUUCUGGUACAAAGUGUUAUUCUAAGGCCAAAAGGAGCAUGCAUACAUAUGUGUGCACUUAGGCAUGACACAACAGUGAAACUAAAAACUUAUUAAAUGAUAAAAUGGCCAUAGCUUGUGAAUGUAUGAUUUAACCAUAAUUUUAAUAAACGGGAAACAUUCUCAUUAUCAGUGUGUAAUUUUACUGUGGUGGUACAUAACAAGCACAUACAAAAGCGCAACACACUAGGCUAAGGAAGCUGAUAUACUAAGCCACAAUAGAGUUUUAUUUGCUUGAUCACAGCUUAUUGUGUGAAAAAAGUACAUCCUAUAUGAACUUGGUCAAUCUUGUAGUGUUAACUCUACAAAGCACUAACUUGUCCAACAAGUAGGAAUCUUUCUGAAGAAGAGGUGUGGGAUUGGGGACCUUGAGAAAUUUCUGGGCCUGUUCCCUUUGUGAGGGAGGCUUAUGGCCUGUUCCCUUUGUGUUCCCAGGUGAGGCUUAUGGCCAAUAAAAGGUUGCCAUUUCUCAUCUCCAUCAGCUUUUAUAUGAUACUUUGACAAACUCUUCGGUAGAACAAAUUUCCCCAUCUUAAAAAAAUGGGGCAGGGUACUUUUUAAAAAAUGCAUACUUCUGUUAUCUUAUACUACAUGUAUGUGUAUGUUUAAUUAUAUGGAGAAUGCUAUAUAUUUUAUAAUUGAAUUGCCUGAGAGACAUUUAACAUGUCUGCAUGAAAUGAAACACAGUAUGCACUUUUAUAUACAGAAAGCUUGGGUGGGGGAAAAUUUUGGAAAUGUAAAAUUUAUAGUAUAUUAAAAAGUAUUUGUAAUGACCCAGUAUGAAUUAACAUGGAGAAUUAAAUGUGUUCUUUACUAAUCAGUCCGGAAGUUCAGUAUUAGUGUUUAGUGAUUUAUGAUAGCCCCGGAGAUAUAAUCAUAAAACUGUAAUUU